CAAGAAAUCGUGGUGUGCAUACAAGAAAAUAUACAUCCACAAAAAUGUAGUGUUUUGUGGACUGUUGUGUUACAAUUAAUAGAAACAUUCGCUGUCGAAGGAGCCAAACAAUCACUGGAGAGAGGAUUUUAUGAGAGAGGACACGCUUUAGUUUCAUUACUGCGACUUGUACAUAGCAUCAUCAUUUAUAAGAAUGGAAUUCUUUUAACCGAUGCUCCACCUUUGAUAAAGAAGUUGACCGUUAUAAUUGACACGUUCGAUCAAGACAAUAAUAUUAUGCAAAACAUCAUUGAUGUGUCGAUUGCCAUUCUUUUGGCAUCCAAUGUUAAAUUAAUGCAGGAAAAUACGAGUCAACUAUUACUCAAGAUUUUAGCACUGAACAAUGUGGAAUUAUUGUACUUUGCUGUUGAAAAUUUGAUGCAUUAUCCUUUGUUCGAGAUGUUAAUAUUACCUCAUAUUUUGCGGCGCAGCGUCUCCGCUGGAAUUGACAGCAAGACGUUGCUUCUGUUCGCCAAAUUAAUCUCUGCGAAAGCGUCGCCUUGCCUCAGCGGUGUGGCUUUGGACAAA